UUCCCUUUGGUUAGUUGAGCUAGAUUUAAUGUUGAUUUUGAGUCCGAAUGAGAGAGAAUGUGUGGGUUUUAGAGAGAGAAAUGUAUAUCCUCUUCUGGGUCUGACCCGACUUUCCUUUUCUUUCUGAUCUGUUUGGUGCCUUCCAUCUGUUUGUAGAAAGUCCACAGUGAAAAUUUUCAUCUGAAUCAUUACAAACGCGCAUAACUCACCCUUUCUGUUGAAGGGUUUCAUGGUUUUCUUUUUUCACAAGCUCUAGUACCCUAAAAUGCUGAUUUUGAUGGAUUUUUAACCUCUCAUCAACAGCCAAUCUACAUCAAAGCGUGAGUUCACGUGUUCAUCAAUUUAAAAAAAAGAAAAAGAAAAUGUCUUUUCGUAGCAUAGUUCGUGACAUGAGGGACGGAUUCGGAAGUUUAUCAAGGCGUAGUUUUGACGUGAGGCUUUCAGGGCAUCACAACAGAGGAAAAUCUCAAGGUUCAAUUAAUGAUUUAAAUGAUAAUGGACCUUCCUUAAUUGUCCAAAAUAGUAGAUGGGCGAAUCUACCCCCGGAGCUUCUUUUUGAUGUAAUAAAAAGAUUAGAAGAAAGUGAAAGCACAUGGCCUUCAAGAAAACAUGUUGUUGCUUGUGCUGCUGUUUGUAGAUCAUGGAGAAGUAUGUGUAAGGAAAUUGUUAGAACUCCUGAAUCUUGUGGGAAGCUCACUUUUCCAGUUUCAUUAAAACAGCCGGGCCCACGUGAUGUUACGAUUCAAUGUUUCAUCAAAAGGGAUAAAUCCAAUUUGACAUAUCAUCUUUAUCUGUGUCUAAGUCCAGCUGCUUUACUAGUGGAAAAUGGGAAAUUCCUGCUUUCUGCAAAAAGAACUCGAAGAACUACUUGUACUGAGUAUGUCAUCUCCAUGGAUGCUGAAAACAUUUCAAGAUCCAGCAACACUUAUAUUGGAAAACUCAGAUCUAAUUUUCUCGGGACAAAGUUUCUAAUAUACGACACACAACCACCGCAUUCCGGCGCGAAUAUUCCAGCACCAGGGCGAUCAAGCCGGAGAUUUUACUCGAAAAAAGUCUCUCCAAAAAUGCCAAGUGGCAGCUACAACAUAGCCCACAUCACCUACGAGCUCAACGUCCUCGGGACACGUGGGCCCCGCAGAAUGCACUGUGUCAUGCACUCAAUUCCCGCCUCCUCCCUCGAGCCAGGUGGCUCAGUCCCCGGUCAACCGGACCACCUCCUGCCGCCCCGCUCCUUAGAAGAUUCCUUCCGCAGCAUGUCCUUCUCAAAAUCCCUCGACCACUCUGCCGAAUUCAGCAGCUCAAGAUUCUCCGAGAUCAUGGGAGCCGCCAUCGGCACCGCCACGUCAUCCGAUGUUCCUGAGAGUGAAAGGUCCAAAAUGCCCUUGGUCUUGAAAAACAAGUCGCCUAGGUGGCACGAACAGUUGCAGUGUUGGUGUUUGAAUUUUAGGGGACGGGUGACGAUCGCGUCUGUUAAGAAUUUUCAGUUGAUCGCCGCCACACCGGCCGCCGGUCCCUCUCAGCCGCCGCAACCGCCGCCGCCACCGCCGCCGGAGCAUGAUAAGGUGAUCCUGCAGUUUGGGAAAGUUGGGAAAGAUAUGUUUACUAUGGAUUAUCGGUACCCUUUAUCUGCUUUUCAAGCUUUUGCCAUAUGUUUAAGCAGCUUUGACACCAAAUUAGCUUGUGAAUAGACAAAUUUAACCUUAAAAAAAUAGCAAUGUAUUUUCUUUGGUGUCUAUUUUGUGUGUGUGUAGUGUUGUUGAAAUUAAAAACUCGAUUUACAACUGUUUGUCUACUCUUGUUCACAACUAAAAGAUUCUUGUUGUUUUCUUA